AUGCAUUUCCCUCUUUCUUUGUCCCUUUUUAUUUCUAUCUACACUCUUCUCUUUCACUCUUACCCCUCAUUCUCAUUUUACCUUUCUAUGUUUUUACACCUACAUUCUCCCCACACACAGACACACUCUCUCUUUCACUCACUCUUACAAUUUGGUGUCUCGCAAUUUUCCCUCCUUUCUUUACAUUCUCCACUCACUCUUCACGUUCUAUUUGUCCUCUCAGUCAUAACUUUCCACCCACUCUGUUUCAUUAUAUUUUCACGCCCGCUUCUUCCCAAUUUCUCUCGCUCUCACAAUUCACUCACUCCUUCUCACUUUUCACACACUCUCUCUCUCCCAUCCUCAUUACUUCACUCUUUCUCCCCUCCUUCUCUUUCUUUCUUUCUUUCUUUCCUUCUUUCUUUCUUUCUUUCUUUCUUUCUUUCUUUCUUUCUUUCUAUUAAACCAUAUUGUGUCUUUGUACUCCAGUUAUCUUUCUUUGUUCCUCAACUUUCUAUCUCACUUCAUACGCCACGCUCUCCCUCCCACUCUCAUCACACUUCUUGCAUCCCACUCUCUCACUCAUUUCAUACACAGUCGCUACGUUUUUCCCCCUCAUUCUUUCACUCUUUUUCGAUUCCACUCUCUCUCCACACACUCUCUAUUCUCUCUAGUUCUCUCUCUUCGUUCUCCAACUCUAUUAUCCUAAUCACUCUUAUCUCACGCUUUUCCAUCUACUCUCUGUCUUCAGCCAAUCUCUCCUACUCUCUCACACUCAUUCUCUUUUUCUCUCCCUUCAUUCUCAUUCCACAGGCACGACAAAGUAGCAACGCAGUCAGUCAACAGACACGCACUCGAUACACAAAGGUCAGGCGCCCUCAAACCCAAGGUCAAGUAUUCUUGGUCAGUACGUACGUCUCCAAAGAUAAGAAACUUCAAAGAAUGGGCGAUAGCGUCAUGGUUAAAAGAAGUGGAGAUAAAGACAACAAAAGUGAGAUUUGA